AUGAAAGGGCUUGUUGCGGCGCAAAUUGAAGAUUAUUUUAUUGUAUCUUUUUAAAUACUUCAAGAAUUUACCGUCUUAUUCAUCUCAGUUAAGGUAAGGGCGUAUAUUAACCCUACGGAACUUAUGAAAAGUGAUUAUUUAUUAUGUUCAUAUUAUAUAUUUCCUCCUGUAUCACAGCCAUGUUGAAGUAGUGUUGAUUUUACUAAGUUUCCGUCGGUUAUAUCGUUUAAUAGAAAGUUAAAAGUUUAUUCAAGUUCACAAGUAUGUGACAGACCCAAGUUUAGUUGUGUUGUGAAUAUAAAGUUGAAAAGUCUUAACAAAAUGAAAAGUGUUAUAAAGUGCUACCAAUUCUGGCGUCGAGGCGUCAUCUUGAAGAAAUGGAUUCAGAAGAUUCUCGAGAUGCUACCAGAGACGUACAAUCAUCAUCAAGCAGUAGUAGUUCCAGUUCCAGAAGUCGUAGAAGUUCAUCAUCAGAAAGUUCUAAAAAAGACCCAAAGUCCCCGCCCCAUUUUCCUACCUCACCUAGGUCUAAUGGACCACAUUCUCCUUCACCAGAGAGUCAUUCACAACUAUCUCAGAGAUCUGCAUCUAUGGGUAAACAACCACAUUCACCAGAUAACUUGAGUGGUGCACAUUCAGAUAUAAAUUCACCAGAAAAUUCAUUGCCAGCUUCACCAUUGGGCCCUAAGUCUCCAGAUCCACCAAAAUCACCUAGUGAUGUUGCUUCAAACAUUGGUUCUCCAGAACAACAUGAGCAUUAUUCAUCAGCCCCUCCGUUUGCUGGGGAGGGUCCAAAAACACCUCAGAGCCCUGGUAGCUCUGUUAAGUCUAGACCUGUUACACCUACAAACAGAUCAGAACCUAUGUCUCCUGAUUCUGCAUCUCAGGCCACUUCACCACCUUCCAGAAAUGUAGAGCCGCAUUCUCCUACUUCAAGUCCAUCACCAGACAGAGUAUCAUCUCGGUCAUCCCCUCCCAGAUCCCCAAUUAAGAAAAAAGAAUGGAGUCCAAAAGAAAAAUGGAGAAGACACACAAAGGCUGAGCAAAAAAUGGUUGCUGCACCUCGAAACAGGAGUAGGUCAGAGUCAAGUCAAUCAAGCAGGAGUUCUACUACAUAUAACAAAAGAACUAAUUCUAAGGAUCCCGUUACUGAAGCUAUAUCAGAUGGUGAAAUGGAAUCAGAUCAAGAAGAUGGAAAGUCAAGAAGCAAGUCUGUAACAAGCGACAAACAAGAUAAAGAUCACAAUAUAAGUCAUGAAGACCUGUCAGAUGUUUCUGAUGUCGAUUCAAUAGGACCAGAUGAUACAGAAAAAGAAACAAAGACUAAAUCAAAACUUCCAUCACCUGAGAAGAGAAAAGAAGUUGUCAACGGUAAUGAAGGCACAAGUUCCCAAUCAUCUCCCAAGUCAGAUAGUGGGAAAGGAGUCUACAAAGUGGAAAAAGUGCCACAGGAAAAAAUAAGUAAUACUGAAGAUGCUGAAGAACAAUUAGAUUUUGAGGCAGAAGAGGGUGAAUGUAUUGAACCUGCAAAAACUAGAGAUCAGUCAAAUGGAGACAUAGAAGCACAACCCAGAGAGAAAGAGGAAGUGAAAGCCGUUCGGCGGUCGCGAGGUUCCUCCCUCGAAGAGGGCGAGGUGUCCGACGAGGCAGAGCGGCGACCCGAGGAGAACGAGCCAAGGCCGGUCUGUAGGUUCUUCUCGAGGGGAGCCUGCACCUGGGGCGUCAGCUGCAGAUUCCUACACCCAGGCGUAACGGACAAGGGCAACUACAACAUGUUCGAGGUGAUCCGCGGCGUGCCGGCCGGCGCCGCCUUCCCCGCGCCGCGCGACGCCGCGCCGCCCGAGUCCGCCUGGGAGCGCGGCCUGCGCACCGCCAAGGAGAUGCUCCGAAUAGCGAACAAGCGCAAGGAACAAGACAUGGACUUCGAGGAGAAGAAGCUGCACUUGUCCGUGGGCGGCGUGGUGCACGACCCGGACGCCGAGCUGGCGUACGCGGCCGCCGCCGUGGGCGCGUCGCCGCCGCGCGACCUGCCGCCCGCGCCCCGCGACCCCGACGUCUACAGGCAAUACGGCAUGAUGUAUCGUGGCGGUCGGUUCCCUCGUCCGCCUGUGGACGAGCGCGAACGAUACUACGAGCGUGAACGUGGUUUCGAUCGUGAACGUCCUUUUGAGCGUCCACCGUACUACGACGAACACAUGCCUGCUCCUGAAGAAUUGCCGUACCACAAGCGACGAGUCCGUUCGUCUCGCGAAGUCAUAGUGCAACGCGCUGAAAUAGAGCGUCGGGAAGGCCGUGAAGUUCGAGAAGGGCGAGAAGUUCGCAGUCGGGAGGGGCGGGAAGGACGAGAGGGCAGAGAGGGUCGAGAGGGGCGCGACGGACGCGGAGACGAGUGGGCCGAUCCUUGGAUGCGCGCCGAACCCGCAGCCAGGAAAAGAAGACCUCCUUCUUCUGAGGACUCCUACUCGUCGUCCAGCUCUUCAAAUUCCAGCUCGCGUAGUUCAGGCAGCCAGCCUGGGGCCAGGCGUAAAAGAAGAGCAUCGUCAUCUUCACGACAAAGGCUGUCGCCAUCGAUGAUAGUUCGCGAGCGACGGCUGGCGUCGGCCCGAGCCACGGCCAUGAACCCGCCCGCGCCGCGCCGCCGCGCGCCCUCGCCCGCCGCCGCGCGCCAGCUCGCCGCCAACCCGCCGCCGCCCGUGCCGCACCGCCACAAGGAGGAAAUGGAUUCCUAUGGUCGAAAUAAACCUGCAAGUCGCAAUAGGAAUAGAAAAAAAUAUUCCAGGUCGUCAUCAUCUGGUUCAGAAUCAUCAUCUUCAUCCAGCGAAUCUGAGAGCGAGUCGCGUUCGUCGUCUUCAUCAGGCAGUUCCGGCGCACGACGGGCUCGACAUGCGCGUCUACUUAAUGCUGCCGCUAGGCCGAGGCUAAAUGCAAAGUCAAAUACGGGCUUAGUAACCGCUGUUUCAGCUGUCACUAGUAAAAAGGAAGUCUCAAGUGAUAAAGAAAUAGUAGCUAAGAAGAGAGGAGCAACUUCACCCCUGAGUGGGGCAGCGUCGUCGAAAAAAUCUGUUUCCAGAAGAGAAGAACUCUUAAAACAAUUGAAAGCUGUCGAGGAUGCAAUCGCUAGGAAGAGGUCGAAGAUAUAGGAGUACGAGAAACGCUGGUAUAGCAGAACUCGCAGAUAGUAGUUGAAAUACUACUAGUGUGUACCAGGGUUUUGAGAAAAUAAAAACAAGACCUAUAUAUUGUUAACUGUUUUUGCUUGCAAAUCAAACUGCAGCAAUAAAAGUGUUAUACUGGCAGAUCGCAGCAUUUGAAUGUUGUAUUUGAAGCUUGAAAGUAAAUUAGCUUAAGUAAUAUUGAA